GCCAACUUACACAUUAUCCCAUCGCCAUCUUGGAACCUUAGGAUCUCAGGGCUAACUUAGGACACCUGGCCAGGAAAGUCACGUCCGCUCCGCUUCUAUGGAGCCUGCGACGCCCGAGGAACGCGCAGUCCGAUAAACCAGUGCUUGAUGGCGACUCGGCAGGUUUCUCGGCUGUCGCUCGCGCCUCAGCUCCGCGACCAUCUGAUCGCAAAUAACCUGAUCACUGCCAGGGAUGUCUUGCUGCUGGGUCCCCUAGACCUCAUGGAGUUGCUGGGCCUUACGUGGAGCCAAGCCAACCACCUGCUUGCUGACGUCAGCGCGCAAGUAACCCCGCCGUACGCAACGGCAUGGGAGGCCUUGGCGCAGCUGACGUCUGGAGAGGCGCCGCCGCCGCUACGCACGGGCCUGCCGAUCCUGGACGGGGCGUUGCGGCUGGGUCUCCCGCUGGGCAGCAUCACGGAGCUGGUGGGGCCGGGUGGAGUGGGGAAGUCGCAGAUGUGCCACAUGAUGGCGCUCACCGCUGCCCUGCCCACCAGCUUUGGAGGCCUCGCCAGUGGUGUCGUGUACAUUGACACGGAGCGCAAGUUCUCAGCGGCUCGAAUGGCGGAGAUGGUGCAAGCACGGGCACGGGCAGCAGCAGCUACUGCUGCUGCUGGUGCUGCUGCUAUUGCUGCUGGUGCUGCUGGUGCUGCUACUACUGCACUAGCUACUACUGCUGCUGCUUCUGACGCGUUGAUUUCGGAGGUGCUCCAACGGGUAGCCGUUAUGACUCCAGGCAGCACGGGGGAGCUCGUGGGCGCACUGGAGGCCCUGCAAACCAUCGUGCUCCGCCAUCGGGCCCGACUGGUGGUCAUUGACAGCAUCGCAGCUCUUGCUCGUACCGAGUACGGCAAUAGUACGGCAACUACCGGCGGCGGUGAUGGCGGUGAUGGUGGUGGGGGUGGCGGGGGGCUGCUGGGGGGUAUCAUGGAGCGGCAGCAGGUGCUGGGUCGGAUAGCCUCGCAGCUCAAGGCGCUAGCGGAGUCCCUGCGAAUACCCGUGCUGGUGACGAACCAGGUCACCACCCGCAUCACAGGGCCGGCCACGCACCCGCACCAGCAGCAAGCAGGGGGCGGGGGCGGAGGCGGGGGCGUGCUGACGGCGGCGUUGGGCACCAAAUGGGCGCACUGCGUGAACCUGCGGAUAGUGCUGGAGCGGCUGCAUGAACGCCGGUUCCUAAAGGUGGCCAAGAGCCCCUCCUGUGCGAAUGUGGUUCUCGAGUACGUCAUUGGACCCAUGGGUCUGCAACAGCUCGACCGUGGCGGCGAGCUACCGGCUGUACUGCAGGGCAACGUGCUGGACAUGGCCAUCCUGAAUGAGGUUGAUUAUGGGGCGGAGUACGGCUGAUACGACACGGAGGGAGCGGGUUGCGCGGCAGCGCGAGAAAAAGGGUCAUUGGGCGGUAAAGGCGAGGGCAUGAUUCGUGGUACAUGUUAAGAAGCUUAACGGACACAGCGAUGGAGUUGGCGGAGAGAGGUUGGUCAUCGAAUAGCGG